GAUGGAUUAGUUUAAAUUGAUGGAUGGCUAUCGUAUACGUACAUUCAAGAAUGGAUUUGAAAGGAGAGAGAGUAGUUGAAGGCAAGAGGAAAAUGGAUUAAAAAGCAGCAAUGGCUUGGUAAUGUCCGAUCCGAAAGUGGUUAAUGCAGUCCGCACUACUGUGUGUUUCAACCAACUGUCAAAUUGAAUUGACGCACUAAUCACUCUUGUGAUCCCCAUUUUUGACGUCUUUCUUCUCUCUUUUUCUGAUUCUUUUGUCUGGUUAUGUCAAAUAAUAACAAUAACAAUAACAACGACACCAAUAACAGCAACAAUAGAGUCAGCGGACCUACUUCUGCUUUGACCAGUUUCCUUAGAGAACAUGGUAUUCGUGUCCCCAAUACUGGCAGAAGAGCCAGAAGAGAGGCUCAAAGAAACAAUGAAAUCCCACAAGAACAGGAGGAACAACAACCAGAGUCUUCCGCAGCACCUACCGCCCGAACUUCAAUGCUCUAUAGACCCUCUGAGAGAAAGACAAAGGAUAGCAAAAAGAGAAAGAAGAAUGAUGGCAGUGAUGAAAGCGACAGCGAUAGUAGCUUUGAUCCCAAUGAUUUUAGGCCCUCUUCUUCUGGCCCAAGAAAACUGCCUACUGGACGUGCUCGUAUUGCUUUCUGUGAUCAAUGCAAAGGAAGAUUUGUACGCAAGACGGAAAAUGAAAAUAUUAUUACUUGUCCCAAAUGCUUAGCUGGUGAAACUCCUUCCAAAAAACCUUCGCUUAGCAGAAAAAGGACAAUUCCUGCUGUUCAAAAGAAGAAAAUUUAUUGCGAACAUCAAAUUCCUUCUUUGCAAGAGAUUUGUGUAUCUGUCGUUGCUGAACACAUUGACGAAAUAGACACUUUUGGUAUCAUUAGUGAUGAAAGCUUUGAAAAGCUAGGCAAAAUCAUCUCCCGUAACCGCAAACUGACUGAUCAGAUUGCGAAGCUGUUUAUGGAACCUGAUCGCAAAAUCUUGAGCUUGGGAGAUUGCUCUAAAAUGACAGACCAUGGUUUGUAUAUGAUUUCUCAAUUUUGUAUCAGAAUGGAAAGAUUGUCUUUGAUCUAUUGUGGUCAUAUCACAGACAGAACAUUGCUAGCUUAUUGUGAUCGCCUGCACCAUUUCAAGUCCUUGGAACUGUCUGGUCCAUUCUUGGUGACUAAGGAGGCCUGGAUCAAGUUUUUUGAAACCAUGGGUCCUCGCUUAGAAGGAUUCUCACUUGCCAAUACAGCUCGUUUCCUCCAAGAGUGUGUGGAUGCACUUGUAAUGUAUUGCCCUAAUGUCAAGAAACUAAAAUUGAAGCAACUAUCCCACAUGUCUACUAAUUGGCUAGCCUCGCUUGCUAAGCUUAAAAAGCUGGAGUCUUUGGAACUGGCCUGGCCAACUCAUGAAUACAAAUUCGAUACAAAAGACAUGGUCCAUUUGCUCUCUAAAGUAGGUCCUCAUCUAAAGGAGCUUUCAGUUAAAGGAGGUCAUCAUUUAACGAAUGAAAUCCUGUCUGAAGGUAUUUUAAAGCAUUGUCAAAACUUACAAAAAUUAAGCUUGGAGCAAUGUGGACAAUUGACUGCUGAAGCCAUGGUUGAGUUUCUUGAUAAUUGGAAAGCAAGAGGACUUGUUGAACUUAAUGUAGCUCGUUGCACUUCGUUUAAUGAUGAUGUGCUGAAGGCUAUUGUUCGUCAUUCUGGCCAAUCAUUGAAACGUCUCAAUUUGCAUAGUUUGCAGUUAUUGACAGCUUCUGGUCUUGAACUAUUGGCAGGCAAUGGCAGUGAUUUGAAACCUUGUCGCUUUCUUACUCAUUUGAAUUGUGGAUUUGUACGAUCAAUGGACGAUUUUGUAUUAAAAAGACUCAUUGAUCAAUGUGAAUCUCUUGAAAAUGCUCAAGUAUUUGGAUGUAAUUUGCUUACAGAUAGUGUUAAGUUGAGAGAUGGAUUACUUGUUGCAGGCAGAGAAUUUUAAAAUUAGACUUAUUCUUGCUUUAUUCUGAUAGUUUCAAUAUAUUUUUCUAACAAAGGAUUGCCUCCUAAACGUUUGAUUUCAACUAAAAUCUCUUCUUCUUUUUGAUGGAGGAAUUUACGUACAUAUUCAAAAGUUCCUGUCUUUUGAAUGAUUUCCAAUGCAUAUUUCUUUACCUCAAUGUUCGUUGGCUUUUGACUAACAAUAUUCAGCAAUUGUCUGUUAGAGACAUCUUUCCGGAUAGCAUGAAUGAUAGGGAAAGAAAAUUUGCCUUCAGUUA